CGGCUGAGGCUCCGCGGGCCUGUAGCAGGCUGCAGCGGCGCGGUGAUGGGGGAGGUGUGCGUAGGGCUGGUGGACUGUCACUGCCACCUCUCCGCCCCAGACUUUGACCGCGAUCUGGAUGAUGUGUUGGAAAAAGCCAAGAAAGCCAAUGUUAUGGCCCUUGUGGUGGUUGCUGAACAUUCAGGAGAAUUUGAAAAGAUUAUGCAACUUUCAGAAAGGUAUAAUGGGUUUGUCCUGCCAUGCUUAGGUGUUCACCCAGUUCAAGGACUUUCACCAGAAGACCAAAGAAGUGUCACAUUAAAGGAUUUGGAUGUAGCUUUGCCCAUCAUUGAGAAUUAUCAGGAUCGAUUGUUGGCAAUUGGAGAGGUUGGACUAGAUUUCUCCCCCCGAUUUGCUGGCACUGAUGAACAAAAGGAGGAGCAAAGACAAGUCCUAAUCAGACAGAUCCAGUUAGCCAAAAGACUCAAUUUGCCUUUAAAUGUUCACUCACGCUCAGCUGGAAGACCCACGAUCAGCCUCUUACGUGAGCAAGGUAUUUAGGUUCCUGGGAGAAAUGUGCCCAAUGUUUAGGUUUGACAAUUCCCGUCCAUAUUCUUGUAGAGCAAGCCAGAUUUUUAAAGGGAAGGGAAUGGGA